AUGGAAGAGACCAUGUCUACAAAUGGUAAUAAUCGAGAACAGAAGCUAAAGUUGACGACUCCAAGCAGAAAUUUUAAAAAAUACUCAUCAGUCUUCAAUUCUAGAAAUAGACCAUUGAGCAAUGGAAAGAGCUGUAGAAUAGAGAAGCCACAUAUUUCAUUCUCUAGACAGAAGAAAAUCACAACUACGAAACUUUUCAAAAGGGAAGCCAUUUCAAAUGAGGAUCAAACGGCCACAAGAAUGGUUAAUUGGAUAGAAUCCUUUCUUGCAAGAGGGAAAUCAUUAUUAGCUACAAUAAGGAAUGAAGAUGAAAAAUCCGAAAAAGAAUUGAAAAUGGAACAAGAAUAUGUCGAAAACGAAAAAAAGAUUGUGCAAACUAUUCUUGAAUCGGAAAUACCUAAAUUACCAAUUGUAGGGAACGUAACAUCAGAUAUUCAUUCUAUAGAUACAUCAUUUAAAAAUUUGAAUGAUACGAUACAUGAUAGUUUUAUUAAAUCUGACGAUGAUGCUGGUUCAAUAAGUAAUAUUAGAGAUGAAAUUGAAGAAAAUAGCCUGUAUGGAAAGCUAUCCGAUGAUAUUGAUGAAGAAAGGAAUACAUCAAACUUGGAUAUUGAAGAGUCAAACGAUGAGCUAGACGACAAUGUUUCAUAUAUAAAUGAAAAUGAAAAUGAAAAUGAAAAUGAAAAUGAAAAUGAAAAUGAAAAUGAAAAUGAAAAUGAAAAUGAAAAUGGAAAUGAAAAUACUGAACGUUUAGAAUCGGAAGAGCCAGAGCAAGAAGAAUCUCAGGAAGAAAGUGAUGUGUCUUUAGUUAUUCUUUCAGACGUCGAAAGCCCCGAUAACCUAUCAGGUAUACCAGCCAGUUCAACGAAGUUUGUUGAUAAAGAGAAAGGCAAUUACGAAGUUUCUUCUGAAGACUAUACUUCUGAUGAAGUAUCAGAAGAAGACAGCGAGGAAGAUUCGAGCCGAUACAAGAUGGUUGAUGAAACUAUAGAUAAUGAAGGACGGUUACAGAAUUAUGAGCCUGCUUCCAUAACGAAUAAAUUAAUGACACAAACCCAAUCAAAUCACCGUAGUGUCAAUGAAGUACCCCAAGGACUUUCUGAAGAAGAUGUAACAUCCGAAUAUAGUGACGAAUAUAACGAGUACUCCGAAAACGAAGAGGAAAGUUUGGAUGCUUCCGACCUACGCACAAGAUUUCACGACGAAAAUGGUAACCUGCAAGAAGUAGAUAAACUGGGAGAAGGAGACUAUAUGAAUAUGGAGGUGGGAGAUUUUACCGAAGAGUUGCCUGAAGUAUUAGCGGACCGAGUAAUGGAAGAAUCUGAAGAAGAGUCAGCUGAGGAACCUGAAGUAGAAACCACAGAGGGAUCAGAGCUCGGAGACAUUGAGAUUAAAGUCGAUAGUGAAGAAGAAUUAAAGACUGAAGGCCAAGAAAUAGAAGCUAAAGAUGUAGGAAUUGAAGUUGACAGCGAAGAAGAGGAACAGGAAAAUGCUGCUUGCUCUAGUGUUGAUUUUGCUAGGUUUAUGAAAGCACGAAAUCCGAAAGAUCUUGUUCCAUCUCUUGAAACACCAUCUACGGAUAUUUUACUGACAAAUAGAAACGACCCAGAAACGGCCCUCGCUUUAGUAAACAAGAUUGGAGAAGAGUUGGGAAGUGGCCAAAUGGAUGCAAUUUCCAACUUACAGGAGCAUGUACUUCGUUCAGACUUAGGCAAUGUCGAUGAUGCAUCCGAUAUUUCUAAUAAUAGCUCUCUACAAAGUGAUAUUUCCCAAGAAAUCGACGUUACCGAAACAGUCCAUAAUGAGCAAAAGGAGUCACCACCUGCCAAUACUGUAGACCUUCCAAAUGAUACUAAUAUGCCAUAUAUGCAAUUACCAUCUGAUAUGUUUAAUUUUCAAAGCAUAGCAAACGAAGCGUUAUCUUCAACUAAAUUAGUAAAUAUACAAAAUACUUCAGAUUCUCAUCAUUUGGACGUACUAUCGGGCGACUCUGUCGAAAAAAGUAGCACUCUUUUAAUGGAUGACCAAGGUAAAAACGUAGAUAGUAAUGUGGAUGAAAAUCAAAAUAUUAGUGGUCAGGAAACAGAAGAAAGGGACCAUGAAGUUCAUGAAUCACCCGAACUACAGACCAGAGAAAUAUUUUCAACAAAUCGAAAAGCAGGAAAUGGUCUUGCUGAUGAAAUCGACCAGGAAGAGAAAAAAGAAGGUAGAGAAAGUCAAUCACCCAUUAACGUUUAUUCAGAAACCCCUAUAUUAGAAAAUGAAAACAAUUCUUCAAAUGAUGGAGUAAACCAUGAUCUUAAGGAGGGACCUCGAUCUUCGCAAAGAACAAACAGAAAUAUAGACGUAGAAAUCGCCCAGGAAUACAAUUCUGUCCAGGCAUCAAAAGAAGCUACAAUUACGGAAAUAGAGAAAGAAAAGAAGAUAUUGAACAAUCCCCCUGUUUCUUCAAGGUAUGAAGUCUUAAUAACCGAUUCUGUUUACAGUUCCCCUACUUCUGACAAAGAAGAAUCUUUAACGACAAACACAGAUUAUAUUUCUCCAUUUGCAGGUGAUCCUUUCUCAGUUUCUCCAGGAAUUGCUAACACGAAAGAUAUCUUAAAGAAAACAUUAUCUAGCUUGGAAAAUAAUAUCAAUGCAAUUACGAACGAUGUAGAAGAUAAUAAUGACUAUAUUCAAGAACCAAGUGUAGAUGUCCAAAGAGAAACUAUCGAUGUAUUCUCUAAGGAAACAUCUCCAGAUGUUACUACCUCGAAAGAAUAUAAUUCUGACAAUUAUACUCAAAGUAUGUCGGAGUAUGUCACAGCUAUAUACGACUCAUCAUAUCAAGAAAACGAUGCUGAAUCAUCUACAAUUUCUAAAGAAAGCAUACAGACAUCCAAUUCCCAAGUUGAUAGUACUACAGAACGCCCUCAUGCUCAAGGGAAUGGUAUAUGGAGAACAGAUAGUGAAGGCGAAACAUAUAAAGAACAACAGUUUAACGGUCCAAAACUCCAAUCAACAAUUCAAUCAUCAGAAGAACUUUCGAAGGAUAGAGUUUCGGUUGAAGCAGAGAAGACCACUACUCCUGAAAUGAACAACUAUGACGAAAGGGGACUAUUAACGGAAUCAAGUAACGAUAUUGAUGUUUCUUCAGCAUCUACUCCUUCUAAGAAUGAUAGGAGCAUAUCAAGUAGCACUGAUUCAAAAGAAGUGGAUAGAAACGCUCCAGCAUGGAAGUAUAGAGUUCAAAUAUUGGAUGAUCAGGAAGAUAAUGAACAAGUAAAUGAAGUCGAGGAAAACCAAGGUAUUGGCAAUAAAAACAGAGAAGAAAAAUCCGAAAAAGCUGUUUCUUUAUCCCCACCCAGAUCUCAAUCGUUGUCGAGAAGAUUUAUUUCUUCACCAAUACGAGCAGUAGAAUCGUUAGCAAGUGGAAUCAGGGACGUAGCAAGAGUUGCCAAAAACUUCGCAGAGGAAAUCGAUGCUUUGAACUCAGAAAGUGAAUACUCAAUACAAGAUGAAGCGGAAGAUUCUGGGAUGAAUAAAAUUAAUGAUUCCAAUGUUGAAAAAAAUCGUAACAAUAUAAGUACUAGUGACGGUAAUACCAUCAACGAUAGGUCAGUACCUAGCAGCUUAAACAUCCAGGCAGAAGCUGAGGUUGAUAAUGAUGAUUCCUCAAAAGCACAAACAGAUGAAGUACUGGAAAACGAGCCAUCUGUACAUCUUUCAGAUAGUGCUUUCAAUAGCAAUGUUCUUCAUGAAUCCUCUGCGCAAGGCGAACCUUAUGGGGAUUUUUCUUUCAAGCUUCCAGCCAAGAAUGAUAAAAGUACAAAUGAAAAAAAUGAAUUUAUGCCACAUGAUUCCGACGUGCCAGGUUAUGAAAAAUUAGAUGAGGUAACUAGGGUUGAUAUGAUUUCACAAUUUGAUAAACUACGUGAUUUGACAGAAACUGUUCAAAAUGAUAUAAAUUCCGUUAUGACAAAUAUCAACAACACGUCAGGUGAUGCAAGUGCAAUGAAUGAAGAAGCUUCAAUCAAGAAACCAAUCCAAAUAGAUAGCGAACUGGAAUUAGCAGCCCAUAAUAAGGAGGAAACCCAAUUUAUUGAAAAUGCAAGUGAAGAUGAAAAAGAUCAAUCGAAGUUAGCUGAAUCCACAACUGUAAAGAAUGAUGGACCAUUUGAUGAAACUGUCUCGAAACAAUCCUCUCAACGGGACGUUUCCCAAUCUAAUAUUUUAAAAGGAGAAAGUGUUGAAGAACCCAUUGAUUUAAGUUCCGAUCCACCAUCAGAAGAAGAUAUAGAGUUACUGAGUGAUGAAGGUAUCAAUAUAGACAACGAAUGGCCAGCAGCUCAUAAAAAAACAGAGGACGUGGGAACAACGCUUGAUAUACCAAAACUUCAUCGAGAAAGUGAACAGAAAAGUGUAGAUGACAUGGUAUCUGAACCAGAUGAGGACAUAAUUUCAGGACAUAUAGACAGUACUGGUGUUGCAGCAGUAGAAGGCGUAGAAAGAAAUUCGAAUGCUGAUGCUAUAGCAAAUGAGUAUAACAAUGACGAGGACAGAAUUGAAGAGCAUGAAGAAACAAAGAGUGAUUCUGAACUCGAACAAAAGGAGGCGGUAAAUCAAUCAAUUGAAGUGCCAGUUAUAGAAACUAUUAUAGAUUCCGCUGAUGAUGGCUCUGUUGUACCUGUAAGCAUCUUGCCGAAGGAACCAAGUAACUCGACAGAAUUGGGAAAAACUUCAAAUAUCAGUAAGCCUUCUACUCCUAAUAACGAAACGUCCCAUGCCUCUUCUGAUCUAAUCAGAUCACAGUCUAUCGGGAAUCCUUUCAGUAGUGUAACAAGCGGUAAGUCUCCAACUAAGAAGAAGGCCCAUAGAUCUGUAAGAAAGAGAAAAAGAAAGAUUACUGAUACACCUUUAUACGUAGCAGCAAAGAAGACGAAGAAAACAGAUGAACAAUCAAACACUUCUAAAAAACCGAAAAAAAUUCUAAGAACAGCAAGAAUAGAAAGAAAGAAAGAUCAAAAAAGCAAUGAAUAA